AUGCUUGCAUCUGCCCCUUCUAGCUCCGACGCCAAGUCGCUGCGCUCCAACGUCCGUGCUCGUCAGUCGUCGGGAGCCAGCGUGCAGCCGACGCCCGGCAUGGGCUUCAACACCUACAACCAGGUCUCUUGCAGUCCCACCGAGGCGUCGUCGCACAAGACCAUGGAUAUCAUGGCGUCGCAAGGCUACAUCGCUGCUGGGUAUGGAAUGUUCGGAAUCGAUUGCGGAUGGGUAGCCAAGUCCUCGAGCCGUGACUCUGCUGGCAAUCUGAUGAUCGACACCAACAACUUCCCGUCAGGCAUGAAGAGCCUCGGCGCUUACGCCACCUCCAAGGGUCUCGAAUUUGGACUCUACUCGGACGGAGGCUUCCUGGCCUGCGACCCGGAUGUGCCCAGCAAGCGACUCGGAAGUCUGAACCACGAGGCCCAGGAUGCUGCGCUGCUCAAGAGCUUUAAUGUAAGCUACCUCAAGUACGACAACUGCUACGCUGGCGGCUCCACCGCUGGUGACAACGCUCCCAAGGCGGCUCGCACCGACUUUCCCACCCGCUUCGGCGCCAUGAGCAACGCACUUGCCAAGGUUGGCAUCCACAAGAUGCUCGUCUGCCAAUGGGGUGUGCCGCAGCGCCAGUCCGACGGCUCUCUGGUCGGCCCGGAUCAGUGGACCAAAGGUCUGAGCACGUCCUACCGUCUCUCGGACGACAUUGCGCAGGGCUGGGUGAACGUGGUGCGCAUCCUGAACCAGGCUAUUCCGAUCUCGCUCAACGGCCGCAGCGGGCCUGGCCACUUUGCCGAUGGCGAUCUGCUCGAGGUAGGCAACGCGGGCAUGAGCAUCGACGAGCAGGCGACGCAUUUUGCCUUCUGGGCCAUGAUCAAGUCGCCCCUGAUGAUCUCGACCGACCUAUCGACCAUCUCAUCCGAGGCCAAGGCGAUCCUGCUCAACAAGGGCCUCAUCGCCGUCAACCAGGACAAGCUCGGCCAGCCGGUCAAGCUGGUGGAGAGGAGGACCAACGACUUUGAUCUGCACGCGGGCAACCUGAGCAACGGGGACCUGGCGGUGCUUGCCAUCGAUUGGACCAACUCGCAGCGAACGAUCAAGAUCGACUUUGCGCAGCUCGGCGUGCAGUCGGCCGACGUGAUGGAUUUGUGGUCUGGCACGACGCAGACGAACGUCCAGGGCUCAUUCAGCAAGAAGGUGAAUGGCCACGGCUCUGUGGCUCUACGUCUGGCUAACGUCAAAGCACUCAGCUCCACCGCACCUCGGCUGACUUACGUCGAGGCUGAAUCCGGUACCCUAGCCGGCAACGCCGCCAAGGCUUCGUGCGCUGGGUGCUCUAAUGGCAGUAAGGUGUCCAACGUCGGAGGAGGUCCCGGCAACACGCUGACGCUCACCAACAUCAAGCCAAGCUCUUCCGAGGCGGUGCUUUACUUUGACUACAUCAACGCCGAUGUUGGCUUCUCCUUUGUCGGUGCGACGAACGAGCGCUUCGCCCAGAUCAGUGUCAAUGGCGGCACAGCCCAGAACGUCAGCUUCCCGCUCUCGGGCUACGACUGGAACAAGGACGUGACCAAGGCAUACAAGGUUCGCCUCAGCGGCUUCAAGCCAGCUUCGGUCAACACGAUCACCAUCUCGAACCCGAACGGCUACGCGCCCGACUUUGACCGUGUGGGUUACUAG